AUGAAUUGCAGAUUUGAUUAAGAAAUCGAUACCAUUCAGCAAAACCUUACAAAUCCAACAAACUCACAUUCCAACAAGUAAAAGAACUAUCUUUAUAACCUAUUAAGUAAUUUAUGUAUUCAUAUCAUCAACAGAUAUUUAAUAGCCUAUCAACAAAGAACAUUAGAAAUAUUCAGAUAAUAUUAAAAUUUAGCAACAGUCUAAUCAAUCAAUUAAUGACUAACAUAAUAGACAUUCUUCAAAGCCAAGAUUGUCAACAAUGCCCAAUUUAGAAGAAGUAGAGAGAAUUGAUAGAAUAAGUAAUUAAUUCUAACAAACCAUGGCUAAACUUGAAGAAGUUUAAGAAUAUAAUUCUACCAAUAAUUAAGAUACUUACAUUAAAAAAGUUAUUAUUGUGUAAUCAAAAAUUCGUUCUUUUUUAAUGAAAAGACAAUACUUAAAUCUUAAGACACAAUUUCAAUAUAGAAAACGUGUACUUAAUGAACUAUUUAUAACUGAAUAAUCGUAUUGUUAAGCACUUACUAUAUUGAUAAAUUCAUAUUUAAAACCACUAAGAGAACAAAAUAAAUUAAUAUCUUCAUCAAUUAUAUAAUAGAUAUUUUCUAAUGUUGAAGCCAUUUAAUAACUUUCUGUCGACAUCUUAGAAAUAUUUAGAAAGAAAUAAGAAUAAUUUAAUUAUUAUUCUCUUAUAGCUGAUAUAUAAUUAUAGCAACAUAUUUCUUUCUUUAAAAUCUACUCAAUAUAUUUGGUUAAUUAUUAAAAAGCAUUUAGUGUAUAAAUGAAAUUAAAAAAGGAAAAUAAACAAUAUAAAUAAUUCUUAGAUGCAAUAGAUAAAUAAAAUUAAGGCAAGACCUUAGAAUCUUAUUUCUUAAUUUUACCUGUUUAACGUAUACCAAAAUAUGUGCUUUUAUUUAAGGAUCUAUUAAAAAAUACAUCUUAAGAUCAUCCUGACUAUUCUAAUAUUAAGUUGGUACUUGAAAAAUUUGAAUAAGUAGCCAAUUAAAAUAAUAAAUCAAUGGAUAGUCUACUUAAAAAUUAAAAACUAUUUGAUUUAUAAAAACAGUAUGGGAAUUUUGUUAAAAUCCUAGAAUAAAAUAGAUAAUUUUUAAGAGAAGAAUCCCUUCAUAUGUACUUUACAAAAGGAGCUUAAAUCAAACCUAUGAUUGUUUAUUUUCUAUCUGAUUUGAUACUUGUAACAGAAAGAGAUCAAACAAAAUCAGAACAUAACUUUAAAACUUAUAUUAAACUUAAUCAUCUAAGUAAAUGUCAAUAAUUACCUGAAAUGUAUAAAUAUAAGUAUUUAUUUCAAAUAAGUGGUGUUGAUAAUUCUGUAAUAUUUGUAGUUCAAAGUUAAAAUUCAAAAAAGGAUAUGUAAGAAUAUAUUAAUUUGGUUAAUCAAGAGAUAAAAGAACUAUAAGAUAAAAAAGCAGAAAGAGAUAAAGCACUUUAAGAUAUGAUACCUGAAAAAUAAAAAAUUAAUCAAAUUGAUCAUAUAAGUGUUUCAGUUUAAAUUAUCGGAACUGAAGAUGUUAUUGAUGCAACAGAUAAAAAAUUUACUUAAUAUAUAUUUGAGAUAGAUAUUAAUAAUAAUAUAACUUAAAAAAUAUACUUAAGAUAUAGUUUGUUUAAAAAAAUAUUACAAGAUGUGAAAAUGUUAUUUCCAAAAAUGAAAAUACCAGAAACUAAAGAGAAUUCAUAUUUUGAUAGAAAUGAAUCUGCAGUUAUAGAUGUAUAUAUUAUUUGUUAUUAUUAGAAAAGGAAAAUUGUGAUGAUAGAAUUUUUAUAGAUAUUAUUGAAUUCAUAAGAGUUUAAGGAAAAUAAGACAUAAAAUUAACCAAUUUUAGUAUUAUUAGGAUUGCCUGAAAAUUUUUAUGAUUUGCCUGCAAUUCUAGUCAAAUAAUAUAGAUAAUCUAUAUUGGGAGUUGGAAUUAAUUUUAGAGCAUCUAAAAAACCAACAAGUGGUACUGUAGAAUUUUCAUAACACUCUGUUAGUUUUAGUUCAAAUGAAAAUUCAAAUUUUACAACAAUGUUCACCUAAAUUGGUUCUCCAAGAGAUAUUAAUAAAAUAAAUGAAGGAUAAUCAAAUGGUUUAAAAUUUUCUGAUAAAAAAACUGAAUAGACUUUAUGUUAAACUACAAAAGAUCCAUAAACUCCUGUUAGAGGAUUGAGAGCUGCAAGUAUGAAAAAUGUAAGAAAGAUUUCUGCUACCCAAUUAUUGGCUGUAGAAAGUAAAGGAAAUUCAAGAUAAAGUUCAGUAGUAGACAAAGAUUUUUUAAAUUCAAUAUAAGUUAAAAUAAAAGUCAUGGUCUUUCUAAAUUUUAAAUAGAUUGAGAAAGAGUUUUUUAUAAAUAAAGACACAUCAGCUUUUAGUUUAAUGGAAGAGAUAGCUACUGAUAUAUAACUUUAAUCUGCUUAUGAUUUUAGAUUAUAUUAUAUUGAUAAUACUUAUUUAAAACCAUUAGACAAUGAUGAGAAGUUAUGGAAUUUUUUAGUCAGAUUUGAUGAACCUUUUGGAUUAUUUAAGAAAUCUUAGAAAGUACCUCUAUAUAAUGGAAAAUUACUAUAGCUAAGAAAACAUUUAUUUGUAUCAAAUAAGGAAGAGACAGAUUAUUACACUUAGGAUUUAGUGAGAUUACAAUUAAUUAGCUAUCAAUUAUUUGAUGAUAUUAGCAAUUUAAGAUUAACAUUAGGUCCAAAAGAUCAUAUUCUUUAUACAGCCUUUUAUCUAUAUUUAAAUGGACAUAAAACAAUUGAUCCAAAAAGAAUACCUAUGAAUGAGAUUAAGAAGGUAAUAAAUAAUUUAGUUUAUAUAGUUUCUUCCUCCUAUAGCCAUUAAGAUUAUAUCAUAAGAUGAAUGGAGUAAUUUUUUACCUACUUUAGUAUAAAAUUUUCAUUGUUAAAUUGUAAAUGAGAAAUAGAAUUAACAGUAAUAAAUAUAAUCAGAAUAUAAUUUAAUAGAUAAUUAAAAUGAUAGAUUUAAGAAUGAAUAAAUGACUGAAAUUCAUUUUGCAUUAUUAGUUUUUUUGAAUUUGUUAAAAUCUAAAAAAUUUUUUGGAGUUACAAAAUUUUCUGUGAAACCUGAUAAGGAUACCAUGAAUAAAAUAAUUGAAUUAAGUAAUAAUUAUUGGAAUAAAAAAAAGAAGUAAGAUAAAUAAUUAUAAAAUCAUAAUACAGAAAAUAUAAAAGGAAUAUCAUCAUUAUGUUUAGGAAUUGGUUAUAAUUCUAUAUUAAUACUUUCAUCAUUUAUAUCUUAAUUUGAAUUAUUAGAGUUGAAUUUUGAUGAAAUUGAAUCUAUCAGUUCUUUAUAGACUACAUUAACUAUAUACUUGGAAGAUUUAACUAAGUAAAGUGGUCGUUAAGAGAAUAAUUAAAAUAAUAAAGAGAAACCAUGUUUAAAAUUAGAGACUGAAAAGAGUUAUUAGAUAAAAUAAUUAAUUGAUGAAUAUUUCAAAUUAUAAAUGGAAAAUCAUGAAUAAACAGAUGAAUUUUUUGAAAUGAAAUGA